AUAUUUUUUAUUUAUAAAAUAUUGUAACAUAUUUUGUAAUAUUGUUUUGUAUAUUGUAAUAUUAUUUUUUAAUUAUAAACUGCCUCGAAAAUCCACUGUUUCAUUGACUAUUGACUCAAUAUUUAAUAUCAUUAAUCAAUACUCAAUAUUCUUGCUACCGUUAAAUUUUGUGUUCAAUUAUAAAUUGUAGCUGGUGGACAGCUAAAUUAUUUGUUUUACGAAUGUUCCUUAACAUAAACUUUGUGUUUCUGUUCAUUGGAAGAUUGUAGUUCAAUGGAUUACGAGUUCAAAAUUAAAACCGGUAAUGAAAGAGCUAAAGUUGAAGAGCUGUUUGACUAUGAAGGGUGUAAAGUUGGAAGAGGUACCUAUGGUCAUGUCUACAAGGCCAGAAGAAAAGAUGGGGACAACAGUAAAGACUUUGCUUUGAAGCAAAUCGAAGGCACUGGAUUAUCAAUGUCAGCAUGUCGUGAAAUUGCUUUGCUACGCGAAUUGAAGCAUCCAAAUGUAAUAAAUCUAAUUAGAGUAUUCUUGUCACACAACGAUAGAAAAGUUUGGCUGCUCUUUGAUUAUGCAGAACAUGAUCUUUGGCAUAUAAUUAAGUUUCAUAGAGCAGCCAAAGCAAAUAAAAAACCAGUAAUGGUUCCAAAAGGAAUGGUUAAAUCAUUACUGUUUCAAAUCCUUGAUGGAAUACACUAUUUACAUUCAAAUUGGGUUUUACAUAGAGAUUUGAAACCAGCUAAUAUCUUAGUAAUGGGUGAAGGCCCUGAAAGAGGACGUGUAAAAAUAGCUGACAUGGGGUUUGCUCGACUAUUCAAUGCCCCAUUAAAACCACUUGCUGAUCUUGACCCAGUUGUAGUUACUUUUUGGUAUCGUGCUCCUGAGCUGUUAUUAGGGGCAAGACAUUACACAAAAGCUAUAGAUAUUUGGGCAAUUGGCUGUAUAUUUGCAGAAUUACUAACGUCUGAGCCCAUUUUUCAUUGUCGCCAAGAAGAUAUCAAAACAAGUAAUCCUUACCACCAUGAUCAAUUAGAUAGAAUUUUUAAUGUAAUGGGCUUUCCUCAAGAGAAAGAUUGGGAAGACAUAAAAAAGAUGCCAGAACAUCAAACUUUAAUGAAAGAUUUCAAACGAUCAAAUUAUUCAAAUUGUUCUCUGGUAAAGUAUAUGGACCGUCAUAAAAUAAAACCAGAUAGUAAAGCAUUUCAUUUGCUACAAAAAUUAUUACUGAUGGAUCCAAACAAAAGAAUUACUUCGGAACAGGCUAAACAAGAUUCAUAUUUUCAAGAAGAUCCCACGCCCACCUCAGAUGUUUUUGCUGGAUGUCCAAUACCAUAUCCUAAACGAGAAUUUUUAACUGAUGAUGAUCAAGAUGAUAAAGACAAACGACAGCAAGCUACCAAUAUUUUUGCAUAUGAUCGUGGACGUUACUUAAUCGAUAGUUCUAACACUCCCAUUUAUAAUAAGAACAAUAGUAUCACGCCUAGAUUUGACAGUAUUACCCAGGACCAUCGUAAUAGCUUAACCAACAACGCUUAUGUUAAUAGUUUGCACAACUGGCAUGGCUUAAGUCACACUACGCUAGAGGGUGCACAUUCUGAUCAGUCAGGCAGUCAUCAUAGUCAUCAGCAACAACAUGCUGCUAAUCAAAAACGCAUGCGCAUGAAUGGGCUUGGCCAACAUCCUAGUGUCAACCCAGGAACAGUGAUGCCACCUACCGUUCAACAACAGCAGCAGCAGCAGCAGCAGCAGCAACAACAACAACAGCAACAACAACAACAACAACAGCAGCAACAACAACAACAACUACAACAACAACAACAACAAGUUCAACAGCAGCAACAACAAGUACAGCAACAACAAUCUCAACAUCCACAGCAGCAGCAACAGCAACCACAACAACAGCAGCAACAACCACAACACCCACAACAACAACAGCAACAACAACACCAACAACCACAACAACAGCACCAACAACCACAACAACAACACCAACAACCACAACAACAGCACCAACAAGACUUCCAUCAUGUGCCUCAACAUCAACAAAUGAUGUACUCUCAAGUCAAUCCCAAUGGGCCUGGCCCCAAUUAUUCACAGAGGUUUUGAUUAAAUCGAUAUCAAUUUCAAUUAACUGAUGAAUUGUAUUGCUUACUUACUUUUAUCAAGUGCAUAUGAACUAAGUUCAACAGCACACCAAAAUAUGUUUUGACUAAAGAAUUUAUUUUGAGGUUUCAUAUUUUUAGUACAAAAAUUAAAAAAAUUAAAAUAUGUACAUCCAUUGAAGUUCAAAUUGUUUCAUGUUUUUUUUUUAAUUAUGAUUAACUAAAAUUUGAAUUCACGUGUUAUACCAUACCCAUAUUCAUAAAUUAUUUUACUUUUAAAUCACAGAUAUUUGUUGUCUUUUAGCCUCAAAGAUUUUUAAAGCUAUUGUGAAAAUGAAUUAUUAAUUAAUAUAUAUAUAUAUAAUAUAUAUUAUAUGUACAUAUAUAAUAUACUGUAUAAUAAAUUUGACACUACGGUGCCUAAGUAAAUUUUGUCUUAUAUGGUAAUUAUUAAUAAUUCAUCCCUGAACCCCAUCAUACCUUACCCUUUUCAGACCCUCUUCAAUUUACCUUUUUCUUUAAAUCACUAAAAGAAAACAUUUACUUAUUGUGGUUGUAAAAAAAUGAG